AUGGAAUAUUUGACAUCAUACGAAUCGGCUUCUCUUUACGUAAUAUCUCAAUUGUUUGCUUUUCAACUAGAGAAGGGAAGUAAUAUGAUUAAAGAUAUUAAUUUCAGCGAAUCACCAUCAUAUCAUACCGGCAGUAGUGAGCCACCGAAUGAUCCCAUUUCACCGCCGAUGGGCGGUAAUAUAGACACAACGGAUCGACGUCUUCGUCGUCAAAUUGCCAAUUGCAACGAACGUCGUCGUAUGCAAAGUAUCAAUGCCGGUUUUCAGUCACUGAAGUUAUUAUUGCCUAGAAGAGAUGGCGAAAAGUUAAGCAAAGCUGCAAUAUUACAACAUACAGUGGAACUGAUUCAGACAUUGCGUGCCGAAAAAAUGAAACUCAUUGAAGAGAAAGAAACAGUUAUAAAUGCUAAAAAACGAAAGAUUCAAGAUGAAAACAUGCGAGAACGUGGUGUAAUAGGUGAGCUAACAGCUGCUUUGGAACAUGAGCGUCGUUUGCGGCACCUUUAUGAGAGAAUGUUUAAUUUAUGGACGAAUUCACCGGUGCUUUCACAGUUCCUUUCAAAACCAAACUCGUCAAUAAUUAAUCCGGCUAUUGCAUUGCAGAAUGUCGUACCUCCACUUCUGCAUGCACGCGGAUUUACAGGGCUUUUACCGCCUGCACUUCUGAUCGAUAAUCUGUUGACCAAUGCACGAGUAGGUAGUAGUAAUGGUUGUGGUACUGGUAAUGAUAGUGGUAGUGGUAGUGCUGGACCACUACAAACUACGAGUUUUGAUUUAAGCAUGUUUACGAGUAAUUUGGUAUCCGAAACAGCAGUAUCAACAAUAGCAACCAGCAAUGAAGCACGCUUUAUUGAUGAUCAAAAAUCACCAUCACAAACACAACCACCACCGAUCGGUGAUUUACUCACACAUCAAUCACCAUUUCUUUUUAAUUCACUGGAGAAUGCUACUGGAGCCAAUUUAAAUUCAAAUUUUUACACAAUUCUUGAAGCAAUUCGACAAUUAGAAGAAAGUGCUUCAAAUAUUAAUGGUUCCGCUACUACGUCGACAGUUAAUCAACAGCAGCAAACGAAUGUGUUGGUUCGUUAA